AUCCAAACCAAUGAGCUUCGAGUUGAGCCAAUAGUGUAUCGGUAAAGAUACCGCGUUGAAGAAUGCUCUGGGUGAUGGAGCUAUAAAUAGCUAGAGUUAGCCCAUUCCGACAACUUACCGCAUAACGAGCCAAGAUAUUUGAUCCAGCUCCCAUUCCAAAUCCAAUGAAUUGGUCAAUUUUGAAAUAAUCAACGACAGUGGUCAACAUUUCAGCCAAUUCGUCCAUUGUUGGAUAAUGACUGGGUUUCGAGUUGACUUCCGCAACGCUAAAACACAAGGGAGCAUUAAUCCGGAUUAUUGUUACGCUACUGAUGUGCGAAAUAAGUAG